CGUUGGAAUCAUGUGUUCAGUAUAUUGCGGCCUCUGCUUGUGAACGGUCGUUUGUAAAAGUAUGACGAUUGGUUAUCUCGGUGGCGCGUUCCGUCUUCGUAAAACGAAUUCGUGAUUCGUUUCCGAUCGUGCGUCGCGCGUAUUAUUAAUAUAACGUGUGGUGAUCAACGUUUCAUUUCUCGUGGACAGUGUAUUCGUUCCGUGGAAACAAGGGAGAAAGACGGAAAAAACUUGGCGGAUAGAAGUGCGUCGUCUUCGCGCCAGUAAAGGCGUCCUUCCGCGUUCUCUCGUACAUACACGAACCGUGGCCAAUCGUGCGAGUGGAGUGAUUUUAUUUCCAACAAGCAGUGCCCGACGAAGAACGAAAAUAGCUGUUAAGUGAAGUUCUUCUACUUUUCAAUCGGUCAACGAGAGACCCGCAGGGAUGACGAGGUAGCCCCCCAUCCGAAGGAUUAGAUUACCAUGCUGGACACGGCCACGAGUCGCAGGUGGCUGUCAGAAGUUCAGGCUGAAAGUGCGAAGAGUACCGAUUGGCAGCAGCAUGCUCGCAAUAUAGCGUUCAAGCAUCAACGAUCUUCUCCCUAAAGUUACUCUGCCAUGUUGCUUAGGUGAGCGGGAGGGAGGCGGUGCUGACCGGUGGCGGCGGCGGCCAUGCGCCCCGGCCCGCCAGUACAGCCGAGCCGCCGCAGGCCUCCCCGUCGCCAGGAAGUCCCUCAGGAACGCAAUCGACGGCACCGGCUGGAUCAACCGCUGCGGUCACGGGCCCUGCUGGUGUUGCUGCUGCUGGCCAGCAGCCCUCUGGUCCUGGGCCUGGCCGAACCGCCAGGGUUGCCCGGGGCCGAGUGGCAGCAGGCACUCUCCAGGCAAGCUUACCCCAAAUCGACCGUAACCAGGGCUAUCCAACCGAGGAAACAACAGAAUCUUACCAUUGGAUAUCUCACGGCCAUCAAGGGUGGCCUGAAAGAUCGUCAGGGCCUCGCCAUCUCGGGCGCCUUCUCCAUGGCCCUUGACGAGAUCAACAGCGACCCGAAUAUAUUGCCGAACGUGAAGCUGGUGAUGCGAUGGAGCGACACGAGGGGAGAAACGGUGGAAGCCACCAAGGCAAUGAUCGAUAUGAUCUGCGAGGGGGUUGCAGCUUUCUUUGGACCGGAAGGCUCGUGCUACGUUGAAGCCAUAGUCGCUCAAUCCCGCAACAUACCCAUGAUUAGUUACAAAUGUUCGGACUACAAAGCGUCGAAGGUGAACACGUUCGCCAGGACCGAGCCGCCGGACACGCAGGUGACGAAGUCGGUGAUCGCGUUGCUGCUCCAUUACGGGUGGAACAAAUUCACCAUCAUCACGGAGAGCGCGUGGUCGACGGUGGCCAAAUCGCUGGAGGAGCAGGCCACCAAGAACAACCUCACCGUGAACCACUACAAGACCGUGGAGGACCGACACACGUGCUGCGAGGAAAGGCUGCCGUGCUGUCAAGUCAGCGUAUGGUUCCAACUUAUACAGGAGACCAAAAAUAUGACCAGGAGUCAGUCCAAGUUUACUUUAUAUCUCGAUAUAUCUCGCGGGACGCGUCGUCGGGACGACUGUAACGAUUCAUCCAACCAUUUUCCAUCUGUUUAUUGCCUCUCGAGGGAGGGAGGGGGGGGUCUCCGUUAAUCAAGAAACCGCCAC